UUAUCUUCUUUUUAAAGGUUUAUUAUAUAAAAACGUAUGAUAUUUUAAUGAAAUUCUUUAAAAAAAAAUCAUUUCGCGUGUAAAAUAAUUGAUGUGUAUGAAGUUUUGUGCUGAACCUUUAUUACUAAUUUUCAUAUUAUCAUUCGACUAACAACGAAAUCACCUUUUUUCAAAGAAAAUACUUCUCGACAUGAAUGGACGUAACAGUAUCAAAAACCGGUUGGUAAUAAUCGAAUACUUAGAGUGUUUCGCUGUGGUAAAUUGCCAGAUGAUGAUGUUCGAUUGUUUGGUUACAAACGAACUUAAUAUUUCAAGCUAUGCAACCGUUUUGGUAAACUGCAUUGGACACAUUCUUCAAGCCGCGUUGAAUCCUCUAGUCGGUGCCUUAGCGGAUUCUCUGACCGGAAAUUUGUUUUGGAUAGUAGUAGGUAUUUCUUUAUCGAUCUCUUCAAACAUAUUCGGUAUUUUAAUCAACUUUAAAGCCAUACCAAUUUAUAACAGACAGAUAUUGUUUUAUUUGGCCUUGUUCUUGUUGAUUAGCGCCAAGAUGACAGUAGGGACAAGGAACGCCCUCCUCUUCAAUUAUAUCAUCACUGAUACCCGUUCGAAUAUUGAUCAGUUCAUAUUCAUGAUAACUAUGGCUAGAAAUGUCACAAAAGCUGUUGCGUCAAUAAUUUACUGUGUUAACUUUUACUACCGAUCCGGACCUGUGAUAUUCUGCUGUUUAGGUUUGUUGGCAUCCGUAAUAGGAUUAAUUAUAUUACUUUAUUCAAGAAAUAAAAUUCACAUUGAACCAGUGGAAAAAGGAAUUUUUUUGAAAUGCAUCAAGUGGGUAUUUCAGCGGAAAAAAAUAAAUGAUGCCGACCAGAUAUUCAUAAUCGCCAGUAAGGGAAAACUGGUAAUGAACAUACUUCUUUCUUCGAUCGGGUUUUACACAUCCUACCACUUUUUAUUCCAGGUUUUAACUCAUGAAUUUUCUUUGUUAACAACAAAUUCGCAACUCACUAAACGUGUAUUGGUAUUUGUAUUUUACACAUCAAACACGAUCUUAUUAAUCUUUGUUAACCACUUCUUUUUAAACGUAUAUAGAAAAUGGAAAGUGGAUGAUGUCGAUCUACGUUUGCAAGGAAUCGCGUACAAUUUUAUGUGCAUCGCGAUGAUUUUACUUUAUUUGACUUUGUACAGAUUGCGUUACGCGUCUACCGCCAUGAUAGGCGAAGCGCAGAUAAGACUGUACAACGGUGCCAAUGAAACUAUCCGAAUAAAAAGCUCUGUGUCCGACAUCCAAAUAAAUCCGGGAAAACUACGGGAAAUAAUGCACCUUCCUUGCACGAGAGAAUGCAAUGUUCCAAUUCAAAUUGAGUUUCUACAUACGAAGAGAAUAAUGGAUACCGAAAUAAAAGGAGAAGAGGUUCGAAGUUAUACUUACAUAAUCAAAGACAACACCAUGGUGAAGAUAGAAAGAAGUGACCCGGUUGAAUCUCCGAAAGGCACGUCCACGUUCUUCGUGUUCGCUAAUGUUGACAUCCUCCAGGGUCUCUUAAUAUUCGACGACGAAUACCCAGAUGAAGUGAAAUGGCGAAGCAAGUAUGAAAAUUGAAGAUAUGAAGUCGCAAAUGAUGAAGAAGCCACAUAUGAUGAAGAAGCACGGAUGAUGAAAAAUUCACAGAUGAUGAAGAAAACCAGACGAAACUACGACGAAGAAGAAAAAAAGAUGAGAUGAAGAUCAAAAGAAAAUACAGCCUGGUGACGUUACGGUAUAAACAGUAGAUUCCCCGAUCUUUUCGGCGGUGGUCCCUGAUGAUAUAGGGAUCGACGAUGGGACGUGACGAAAUCGAUAUAGCAAUCGAUAGGCCGAUGUACGAGAAAUAGAUGUUCUAUAUUACAAAGUUGCUCAAAGACUGCUUCUCGACGUCUAAUUCUGGAUCAAGGGUCCGCGAUAACGGCUAAUCCAUUUUUGUUUUGUCCACUUAAUCCGUUAUGGAUCGCGUAAUCAACAAUUAUUUGAACAAAUUAAAGAUU